AUGUGGAUCCUUGGUGAUAUUUUUAUGUCUAAGUAUUACACUUUAUUCAACCGUGAAGAUAAAACUGUAGGUUUUGCAAAGCUUAAAAGUAUCGAUACAAGGUUAUAUCAAAAGCCAUCUAAAAUUGAAGAUGAAGAAUUUAAUUAUAACUUUAUGAAAAAGAUGAACAAAAGAAAAAAAUCUAAAAAACACCUUUGA